AUGUUUUCCAAGGUCAUGAACUACUUUACGGAGGCAGAACUUUCGUGGUUGGGAUACGACAUUCAUAUUUUCUGGUUCCUCCCCGCCGCGGUCCAGGUUUGGGAUGAUAAGCAGUAUUGGCAGAAUGAAGAGGAAAACGGAGCGGCAUGCGAUGACUCGGAGUUCCAUCUAGUUGGCCACCUUCACCGAUCGAUAGGCCUACAUGGCAAAGGCACGCGCGUCUUUGCCGUCGAGAGUGCCCUCGAUCAAAAACCUCUUGUAAUCAAGGACUGCUGGGAUCCAACAGCAACAGUGAGCGAUCACAUAAUACACACGAAACUCCAAGAUCCUUUGCGGGACUCUCUUGUUGUCUGCUCGCUCAAUGACGAGUGGGUUUUCAUCGGAAAGGAAGAUCCUGGUGAUUGUUUGGAUAGAGAGUGUGCCCAGAGGCUGGAUGGAGUCUACUGCCACAUUGGCAGCCGUUGUUGGGACAAUAUCAAGUCCCUUCCAGGAAUAACUAUCAUGCAAGACCACAUGCGUCCCUCCAUUGGCCUGUUCUCCAAAUCUCUAGUGCUGCAGUCGGUCACUUCCAUAUGUGCUGCUAUGAUGACAUCGCAGGACCUGGCUAAUGUUCUCAACGACUCACAAGAAAAAUCACAACUAGAGGAAAGACAUCGAUCCCGCACAUCUUUUACUACCUGCGGAGUCAACAUCUUGUGGUUCGGAACUGCACGCGAAAUGUUCCACAGCAUCAUAGGCACCGUGACCAGUCAUCGUAACGCUUAUAAAUGUUGCGAUGUGUUGCAUUGCGAUGUCAGCGAUGGUAAUACGAUGUUCCUGGUAGAAGCGAUCUCCGCCGAGUCCACUGUCCCUCCGCGUCCUGAAGGGGCAGAAAAAGAGUGGACCCCCAUGAGAAACGGGAUGGCAUCUGAUUGGGGGUCUGCCAUAGACUGUUUGGAACUUGGGGCGUCCCCGCCACGCACCAUAAGUCACUUUCUUGGGACACUUCCCUUUGAGUCCAACGCCUCCAUGCUGAAUUCAGAACUCGAGUUCUAUCACGACCUUGAAUCUUAUUUUUGGUUGGCCUACCUCAUUACUUGCAAUUGCGCAGGUCCCUUCAACAUGUGUCGUGACUGGGACGGGGAACUCGAACGUUUUUCUGCGAACAAAUCCAUUACGCCUUCGUUCAUCAAUCACUUAGCUGAGGUCAAAAUGUAUGGGAAGGUCUUUGAUGUCGACCGUCCUGCUUCCCCCCUUGCCAACCAAAGUGUCAGCCCCGUGUACUAUCCGUGGGUCCGUCCUGGAGUGCACUCGCUUUCACUGUUAGACAUUGUCCAGCAGAGGAAUAGUAUGACUGACGUCGACUUCACCAACCUCAUGACACCAUAUUUUAUUCGUCAUGAAAUCGUACGAGACGGGAUGCUCGAGUUGCGCAGUCUCUUCUUGGGUUCUAAGAAGCUGUGUCCCGAUGGCUUUGUGCGCCGCGACCACGCCCCGCCGACUACGCACGAACGAGUGCUUUCGAUACUACGCCGCAUCCGCGACGGCAUCGACGCUGCUGAAGAUCAAUACCCCCAAGACCAGGAACUUGAAUAUGCUCGGGUUCGUUAUCAGCGCUAUCUCGAAACGGGCAAUCGCAUGCCCCUACUGGUGGAUGAAGAUGAUUCCAAAGGGUGUAUUGAGAGCAAGAGAAAGGCUGCCCAAAGUGAAGCCCAACUCCUUCGGAGAGCCACCAAGCGUUCGAGGGGACUAGGCGCCAGUGAAGCAGGCUUUGGUGUGCCAGUCCGUGGUCGUGUCACAUCUGGAAGACGGGGUAGCGGCAAAAUGAAAAGGUAA